AUGGACAGCAUCCAAGUUAACAAAGUUUUGCCAAUUGGAGAGGAAAGCAAAAAGGAAGAGAGUGGACAUGGUGAGCCAGGAUGGGGAGCCACAGCAACACAAGGAGAAAGUGAAAAGGAACUGAGUGAUGACAUGAACAAGGAAGGUGGUGGAGCAGCCGUAGAAGGCCAUAACAGUGAGCAGCAACCAAAUGAGCUGAUCCCUCGGGUCAUGGAGGACGAGAGAGUGCAGUCUGUGCCAAGACAAGUGCCGCGACGUCGCCUACGCCACAGAUUCACUCAGUGGCAGCUUGAGGAACUGGAGCGCAUUUUCCAGACCAAUCGCUUCCUCAGCAUAGAAGCAAGAAAACAACUCGCUAGAUGGAUGGGUGUGAAUGAAGCCAGAGUAAAGAGAUGGUUUCAGAAGAGGAGAGAACAAUACAGAAGAUAUAAGAGGCUGUAAGCACUCUGAGGUUCUCCUACUGCUUCCUAGGACAUCUUUCUCUGAAGCCUGUGGAGGGACCCUAGGGAGCUACUCUCACCCAAGUGCAACCAACAAUAUGUUAUUUCUUAUCUUCUAAGCACUUAUAUUUCAAUAAAGAUUAUUAGUUUCAAUAA